GCGGAGCGGGCGGUGCACGGCGCCCUCUGGCGGGUCCCCGCGCGCAGACCCGCUCGGCGCUGGGGCCGCCGGCCAUGAAGUUAGUUCUCGUCACCGUGGGUACCACCAGCUUCGAUGACCUGAUCGCGGCCGUCUGCUCCCCGCCCGCGCUGCAGGUGCUGCAGAGCCUUGGCUACGGGAAGCUGGUGCUGCAGGUGGGGCGGUGCGCGCUGGACCCGGCGCUGCUCGGCGGCCCGGACGUGGCCGUGGAAGUGGAAGCCUUCCGCUACAAGGAGUCUCUGGCUGAGGACCUGCGGAGGGCGGACCUGGUCAUCAGCCACGCAGGCGCAGGUAGCUGUCUGGAGACUCUAGAAAAAGGAAAACCACUAAUAGUAGUAAUAAAUGAGAAGCUGAUGAACAACCAUCAGCUUGAACUGGCGAAACAGCUCCACAAAGAUGGGCAUGUCCUCUACUGUAACUGCAGCACUCUUGUGGAGACGCUGCAGUCGAUGGAGUUACCAACUUUGAAACCUUUUCCUCCUGGACAGCCAGAAAAGUUUGCUUUGUUCUUGGAUCAAGUUUUUGGGAUUCAAGGGGUUAUCGAUGUUCGAGGGACUCGAACCCACGGUCCCGGCCGGCCCUUCCGGUCGUUAAGGGUAGAGCGGAGCAGGGACCGGGGGGCUCCUGGCUGGCACCGUAAAAUGGCCGCGGAGGGGUCUCCGCCGCCGGGCCGCGUUCGGGGCCGACCCGCGCUCGGGGCCGCUUUCGGUGGCCGGCGGGCAGGGAGGGGAAUGCGGGAGCCGGACCGGGCCGUGCUCGGGGCUGCUCUCCGUAUGCGGCGGGCAAGGAAGGGGGUGCUGCGGCCGGGCCGGGCGCAGGUGGGCGCGUUGUGCGGCGGCCCCUCAUUAGCAGCAGCCGCGCGGCGAGGCCCCACGCGCCGCUCAGCGCAGCGCUCUGCGUGGAGCUCCCGCGUGCCGUGGCCGCUUCAGCCGCUGCCGCCUUCGCCUCAGCCGCUGCCACCCGCGACGAUGCAGAAGGGCUGGAAGAAGUACUUCGGGCAGAAGUCCUUCAGCGAGGUGGCCAUGGACAAGUACCUGGGCAGCCUGGGGCUGUACCGCAAGGUGACGGCGAAGGACACCUCCUGCUUCUUCCGAGCCGUCUCGGAGCAGCUGUUUUUAACUCAAAUUCACCACCUAGAAGUUAGGAAAGCUUGUGUUUCGUUUAUGAGGCAGCAUCAGCUUCAGUUUGAAUCUUAUGUGGAAGGAUCAUUUGAGAAAUACCUUGAACGACUGGGAGAUCCAAAGGAAAGUGCUGGCCAGCUGGAAAUGAGUGCCUUAUCAGUGGUGUACAAGCGAGACUUUAUUCUCUACCGCUACCCUGGAAAGCCACCCAUUUAUGCUACGAACAAUGGCUUUGAUGACAAGGUUUUGCUGUGUUGUUCAGGCAAUGGCCAUUAUGACUCUGUGUAUACAAAACAGUUCCAGGAAACUGCUGCUAUUUGCCAGGCUGUAUUAUAUGAGAUCCUGUACAAGGAUGUGUUUGGCAUGGAUGAGGAAGAAUUAAAGUCUGCAGUGGAGAUGUUUCGAAGUGGAUCCAAGAAGAACAGAAACAAUGUCUCUGUGGCAAGUGAGGAUGCAAACUUUGAUUGUCUUCAUGAAAAAGUAUCCAGAAAUCCAUCAGAAAAGAGACUGAACGACUGGGAAGGCAAUGAGACUGACAAUCCACAGGAAGAUAAGUUCAAACAAGGCAUUGAAGAAGAAAAGCAUCUGGAAAAUCCAUCAAAGAUGCCUGUUCCUUAUAAAGUACUAAAGGCUCUGGACCCUGGGAUCUAUCGAAAUGUGGAGUUUGAUGUUUGGCUGGACAGCAGAAAAGAGCUUCAAAAAACUGACUACAUGGUGUUUGCUGGGAGACAGUACUAUUUAGGAGACAAGUGUCAGGUACGUCUGGAGCCUGGAGGUAAGUAUUACAAUGCUCAUAUCCAGGAAGUCGGACAAGAUGGUGACACCUUGACUGUAUUCGUUGAGGAGUUGGCAGAAAAGCAUGCAGUUCCUUUGACAAACUUGAAACCAGUGACACAAGUAGCACCUGUCCUUGCUUGGAAUAUGGUUUCCACCAGAAAAGGAGGAACAUAUCAGAAAAUAUCAGGUGGAUGCUUCUCAGGAAUAGAAAUGGAUGCAAAGACACGGAAGAAACUGCCUAAGAAAAUCCGUGGAAAGGAAGUUUUUAUGACCGUUUCUUACAGCAGGGGUCAGGCAGGUCUUCCACCCCGGCUACAGCAUGGCAUUUCUUCGGGGCACUCCACUCCACUUCGUAGCUCGCAGGGUGGUGGGAACAUGCCACCUUAUGAACCCUAUCAUCCUCAGAACACUCCUCAGAGACAUAACCGUGGAUUUGGGAUGUCAAGGGGAUCUGCCCGAUUUAUAAACAGGCACAACAUGGUUGGCCCUCAAAUAGCAUUCUGCCCCAGUCCAGGAAAGAGGUGCUAUCAGAGCUAUGGCAAUUUCUCCUGCAGGUCCUGUUCAUACAGCCGUAGCUGCCGUCGAAUGCAGUGUGUGAAUAAGGAGUGUCAGUAUGGGUUUGUGCCAGGGAAUGGAGAGCAGCCUCAAGGACCAGAAGAAACUAUAACUUUCUAUGAAAUAGAAGGAGAGGAUAACACUGCUUUUCCUGCUUUGCCAAGCCAGGGUAGCCCUGGUCCCAUUAUCCAUGGUACAGCAGGAUUCUGGGUAGCAAGGAGAGGCCCAAACUCAGAUGUGCCUAACAAGCAGAUCCUGAAUUCCUGUGAGGAGGAAGAAGCAAGUGAAAGUGGGAAAUUCCAUGAUGAAUAUAUGUAUGCAUCUCCAGAUCCUGACUGUGACACUGCAACAGUAUUUAGUUCAGCAGAGCCUACGGAAAACUUGAGAGAAAGUGUAGGUAUAGUGUGUGUGCCUUGGGACUUCUUUUGCCUCUUAAAUGGACCAUGCUUUGCUUUGGAAUCCCUUCAGGAAGAAGGGGCAGUCUCUGUGUCACCUCAAGAUGGAGUGGCUUCCCACAGCUGUCCCCAGAAGGUAGUAUCUAGUACUUUUAUGUGCAAGUUGUCUGUGAGUACUCUGACUCUUUUCCAGGUGAUGGUGAAUUCUGCAGCUAUCUCAACCUCUACAGCUGUUUAUGCUGCUCCAGCUACAGGUUUCUCCUCAAAUUCUGUUGCCUCCAGUCCAGCAAGUGCCACAACACCAGUUCCCCCACAAACAGCAGGCCAGCCGGUUGUGGUAUCUCCCCCUUCUAUAGGGAGGCCAGCAGUUUCUUUGGUGCCAUUGCCAAUUUAUUCAGCCCCUCUUCCUCCAGUCAGUGAGGUGGGAGAAGCUGGUGCCGUUCUUCCACCUUACUCUUGUGAUCCCAAUGGCAGUGAUCUGCCUCAAGAUGCAAAGGUCUUGCGGUAUUAUUUUAAUCUGGGAUUGCAAUAUUACCAUCAGAGCUAUUGGCCUCCCAUGAUGUAUGUAGAGCCAGUGCUGCCCCCGUCACCCGUGGAAGUUUAUCCAUCAUAUACUGAGCCAGCUCCUGCCCUAGAUCAGUCAGUACCUCAGCUCUACACUGAUGCUGGGCGAACUGGAAUCCACCAGGUUCCCUUGGAAGCAGCUGCAAACGGUAACUUUCAAAAUGGAGAGGCUCCAGCCCUGUCCUACGGGUCAGUGUAUUACCCAGUCAUGUCAGACCCCUUCAGCCAGCAGUCUCUUCCUGGGUUUGAUUCUUUAGUACCUGCCUAUCGCUAUGUUAGUACCUGGCAUCCAGCAAAUCCACCCUAUGGAAGUUCUCCACAGAUUGCUAAUGCUGUGAGUUCUGGACCAACGCAGCAAGUGAGCUAUAUUGCCUCACCUAACCCUGCACCUCAUGAUGUGCCUCAAGGAAUGUAAACCAGAGAACCAUAAACUCACUUCUUGCCUUUGGUUUAUUUGUUUGUCAACUAUGUUGAUACUGUUUUGUAAAUCUCACCUUGUCUUAGUGGGCUGGGUCAGUUGAUUAAACUACACUCAAAUUUCAUGUCUCUCCUUAGGUUUAUGCUAGUGAUACAUGACUUAAUGUUUUAGUGGAUUAUUUAGGAAAGCAUAGGAAAAGAUUGUACAGAAACAAUAGUGCAGGGAACACAAAGCUUGAGUUUGACUAUAUAAAGUAUGUGUAAUAACCUAUGCUAUCACUAAAUGAAUAUUGUACUUCUGAGGGGUUGCACUGGAACAUGUAGACACCUGGUUCUUGCAUAGUCACUGAAAUAGGCUGCAGUUACAAAUGCAGGUAAAAAUAGGGCACAGGGUCAUUAGAGGAUGUUUGAAAGAGGUUGGCUUUCUCAGAUUCAGCAAAUCAAUGCUGCUUUGCCACUAGUGGUCACAUAUUGUGAUAGCUGUAUUUCUUCUGUCUAAUUUUGUUCUGUAUAGGUUUCAUGAGUCUUGAAACGUCUAAGAAUACUGUUUGAAUAUGUUGGAUAUUGCUCUGUGUUUGUAAGAUUUGGUUUUUGGAAGCUGUUGCACAAAUGAUGGUAGUCUUGGUGUUUACUUUGCACUGAGAGCACAAAAUGAAAGCAUUGAACACAUGGAAGUGAGUGGUCAUUGGAGGAUGAAAAUGUUUGAAAGAGAUUGGCUUUCUCAGAUCCAGCAAAUCAAUGCUGCUUUCCCACUAGUGGUCACAUAUUUGUAAUAGCCAUAUUUCUUAUGUCUGAUUUUGUUCUGUACAGGUUUCAUUACUUUUGAAAGAGUAAGAAUACCGUUUGAAUCUCUUGGAUAUUGCUCUAUGUUUGUAAGAUUUGUUUUGUGGAAGCAGUUGCACAAGUGGUGGUAGUCUUGGUGUGUAUUCUGCACUGAGAGCACAAAAUAAAAGCAUUGAACGCAUGAAAA